UCUUUUUGUCGUCGAUCCCAUAGGUCAGCGGUCUAGACGAGAGACCCAGAAUCGAGAAGGAAAAAAGGGAGGGAAGGAUGACCUUCAAGACCUUGGACGCUGUCGUCUCCGGUUUUGGGGGAUCCCUCAACUCGGAAUCGGCUGAGAGCUCCCCGCUUGCACCGGAUCAGCCGAAGAAGCUCCUCUUCUUGGCCGACAAAGACCCCUCAAACCAAUCGCAGCCGGUGCGCUGUGUGCAGGUGAUACACACAGCAAUAUGGUACUUCUCAGAGCAUAUGUUGAAAAUCCCAGCCAUUUGUGGCGAGUAGACCUUAAAUAUCAAUCGGAGAAUGGUGCUAUUGCCGGACUCUUAGCAUGAUGCUCAUCCCAGUGACAAUAUUGACUUCCUUCUGGCUAGCAAUUGGUUUAGCAAACCUGGAUUUACUUAUCUGAAUUAUUUCGCAGCCUCAUCAUCUAUGAGUUAUGUUGCAGAGAGCCUCUUCGCAGAUGUCCCAUCCUUGUUGACCGGCUUCCAGAAAUUAUUGCCUCAGGCCUAAGCUUUGAUCAUCAGCUACAAAUAGAGGCAUGUGGAAGAGUGCAGAAAAUGGCAAGUUACUGUCUGAGCAAAGCAGGGUCGAGACAGAGAGUUGACGAUGACCGAUGGACAUCGAAUGGACAAUUAUUUCCAAAAUUUGGCUGUGAUUGACCAAAAGGUAAGAGAAGGUCGGUGUAUCUUCUGGUCCGGUGAGAGAGUGCACACUUGACAUUACAAGAGAGCUACGGUGUUUCACUGGCCAGUUUUGAAUCCAGUGAGUAGCUCAACAAUGCACUGGGUGGGCUUACAUGGUUCGGCACCCAGUCAAUGGCUAUCUUAAAGGGAAGCUGCUGUGGCCUGACCUCUCGUCUCCAUGCUGUGAGAGAAGAAUGGUGUGUUCCACAGCUGAGGCGUGCCCCUGUGGAUGACCGGUCUAAUGUUUUACGGUGCAGAUGACUACGAAGGCAUGUAACCCUCGUGAUGCAUCUAUGAUGAUGCACAGUGUUCACAAGGGAAAUUAAAGUUGGAGAGAAGUAAAGGCUGACGAUGGCCAAAAGGCAAAACAAAAGGUAGCAAAAGAAGGGUGAAAAGGACAGCUGGGGGACAACAAAAAGACACUGCAGAUGGCCCCACGGCCCGCUGCGGCCUGGUUAUGAUAACCCUCGACAAAAAGGGGGAGAAAUAAAAGAGAGAGAGAGAGAGAGAGAGAGAGAGAGAGAAUUAAAAAGGGUAGAAAAACCUACGAGCCUAGCAAUGGAGCAUUAAUGGACUGGCUUUUGUGCGUGCCAAGACGGAGAGAAAAGGCUGCAAUCGUGUUGGCAACCUGACACGUCUCACCUCUCCCUCUUUCUGAUGAAACUUUCCGCCAUCAGGCGGUUUGAAAGGAGUAAUAAGAAGCGUCGCGGGGUUGCAAAAUGGGCAGUUCACGCAACAUUUGUAUAUGAUCACGAGAAAGUGCGACUACUUAGUUUGGACCACAUGGACCGCCCUUCAAAACGAUGAGACUUAAUUGAGUUACUCUCUUUGGUAAUUGAUGGGGAACGGACUGUUGAAAAGAAAAGCGUACAGUAGAUGAUACAAAAUGGAGAACAAGAGGCUGGAAAAUGGUGGUUUGCAGCUGGAGUUGGAGACGCCAGCGGGGAGGGGCACGUGACAACCGCCCGAUCGCGGUCUCCGCCCACGUUCGCCUCGGGUUCCCUUCACCGCACCAGUAAAAUAUCAUUCUCCCGAGGAACAUGAGUCUUGUUUAAAGAGCCACGCAGUGGCAGUAACAAUGAUGGUUAUUAUAAUGCUGUAAGCCGAGACAGUAGUGUGGUGUGGUGUGUCGUGGGGUGCGCCAGCCUCUGCUGCGCUUGUCCCUUCCUUUUUCGUGUCUCCCACCAUCCUCUAUUGUGGAUUCAGAUCUCUUUGUUGGUCUCACCCACUGAGCCACUGAAAAGAGAUUAGACACCGAGGGAGUGAGCGAGAGAGUGUGAUCAGUAAAUGUAAUGGAGCCGAACCUUCCAUUUACAUCAUCGAGAUGAGGAGGAUCGGCGAGUCGGUCUCUUCUACGCCUUCUGGUUGCAUCUGAGGUCCUCCAACCUCCUCCUCCUCCUCCUCUGUCUUCCCCUCCCUUGUAUUUUCCGUCAGUUUUAGAAGAUGCAGAGGCCAUUCCCGCUGCCUCAGGAGGACUUCUCCUUGAAGGAGACAGCCCCCCGCCUUGGUGGCGGAGGACUUGGUGGCGGUGAUAAGCUCACCAACACGUAUGACCUCGUUGAGCAGAUGCAGUACCUCUAUGUUCGUGUUGUGAAAGCCAAGGAUCUACCAGCUAAGGAUGUUACGGGAAGCUGUGAUCCCUAUGUGGAGGUAAAACUUGGUAACUACAAAGGCACCACUCGCCAUUUCGAGAAGAAGACGAAUCCUGAAUGGAACCAAGUGUUUGCUUUCUCAAAAGAUCGGAUCCAAGCUUCUGUGGUGGAGGUUGUGGUCAAGGACAAGGAUUUCGUGAAGGAUGAUUUCAUGGGAAUGGUUUUGUUUGAUCUGAAUGAGAUUCCGAAAAGAGUUCCGCCAGACAGCCCGUUGGCACCACAGUGGUACAGAUUGGAAGAUCGCAAGGGAGAGAAGGUAAAGGGAGAGCUGAUGCUAGCUGUUUGGAUGGGUACACAGGCGGAUGAGGCGUUCCCGGAUGCGUGGCACUCUGAUGCUGCAACAGUUCCCGGUGAUGGCCUUGCAAACAUCAGAUCGAAGGUAUACCUCUCUCCCAAGCUUUGGUAUGUGAGAGUUAACAUCAUCGAAGCCCAAGAUUUGCUGCUCAAUGCAAAGCCAGGAUUCCCAGAAGUCUUUGUUAAAGCUAUUAUUGGCAAUCAAACACUUAGGACCAGGAUUUCACCAAGCAGGUGCCCGAACCCUAUGUGGAAUGAGGAUUUGAUGUUUGUUGUAGCAGAACCAUUCGAAGAACAUUUGAUCCUAAGUGUAGAAGAGAGAAUCGGGCCUAACAAGGAUGAGGUGUUGGGGAAGGCUGUUAUUCAUCUGCAGAAGGUGGAGCGGAGGUUUGACUGUAGGGUAAUCAAUUCAAGGUGGUAUCACCUGGAGAAGCAUGUGGCAGCUGAUGGUGAGCAGAAGAAGGAGGUGAAAUUUGCUAGUCGAAUUCAUCUAAGGUUAUGUUUGGAUGGUGGAUACCAUGUUUUGGAUGAGUCCACCCACUAUAGCAGUGAUCUUAGGCCUACUGCGAAACAACUGUGGAAGCCAAGCAUUGGUAUCCUAGAGCUAGGUAUAUUGACUGCUCAGGGAUUGCUCCCAAUGAAGACUAAGGAUGGGCGUGGAACUACUGAUGCGUAUUGUGUAGCUAAAUAUGGGCAGAAAUGGGUUCGUACUAGAACGAUCAUUGACAGUUUUAGUCCGAAAUGGAAUGAGCAAUACACUUGGGAGGUAUAUGACCCAUGUACUGUAAUUACAGUUGGCGUGUUCGACAACUGCCACUUACAGGGUGGAGACAAGGCAAAUGGUGCAAAAGAUAACAGAAUUGGCAAGGUACGAAUUCGACUUUCUACGCUAGAGACUGAUAAAGUCUACACACAUUCGUACCCCCUUCUGGUUUUGCAUACAACAGGGGUUAAGAAGAUGGGAGAAGUUCACUUGGCUGUUCGAUUCUCCUGUUCCUCUCUGCUUAAUAUGCUGCAUACUUAUUCUAGGCCACUGCUGCCAAAGAUGCAUUACCUACAUCCUUUGACUGUUACCCAGCUUGACUACUUGAGGCACCAAUCCACUCAGAUAGUGUCAACCAGGUUGGGUCGUGCAGAGCCGCCGCUGAGAAAGGAGGUUGUGGAGUAUAUGUUGGAUGUCGGCUCCCAUAUGUGGAGCAUGAGGAGGAGCAAAGCUAAUUUCUUUCGAAUUAUUAAUGUUUUGAGUGGUUUGAUUGCGACCGGAAGAUGGUUUGGCCAGAUAUGCCUUUGGAAGAACCCCAUAACGACUGUACUUAUACAUGUUCUCUACGUAAUACUGGUUCUAUAUCCGGAACUGAUACUUCCAACAAUGUUCCUCUACUUGUUUCUGAUUGGAGUAUGGUACUACCGAUGGCGGCCAAGGAAGCCUCCUCACAUGGACACUCGACUAUCACAUGCAGACACUGCCCAUCCUGAUGAGCUUGACGAGGAAUUCGAUACAUUUCCUACAUCCAGACCACCUGAAAUUGUGAGGAUGAGGUACGAUCGAUUAAGGAGCGUUGCUGGAAGGGUGCAAACUGUGGUUGGAGACCUGGCAACACAGGGGGAGAGAUUUCAGUCCCUGUUGAGCUGGCGAGAUCCAAGAGCGACUGCUCUCUUUUUGAUCUUUUGCCUUGCUGCUGCCAUUGUGCUCUAUGUAACGCCAUUCCAGGUUGUCGCCCUCCUCACAGGCUUUUACGUGCUGAGGCACCCAAGGUUCCGGCACAGGCUUCCCUCAGUACCGCUCAACUUCUUUAGGAGGUUGCCAGCAAGGACCGAUAGCAUGUUAUGAGAAGCUUUUUGUUUGGAGAACUUGUUUGCCCCUGAGACAAUGUAGUGGCAAAGCUAUUGAAACCCGAGUCUUCAUCAGAAAGCAAGAGCGAGGAUCAGUAUUUUGGUCGAUCGUCAACUCAUGCUAUGGUGUUCCUCGAACUCUACCUGUGUCAGAUCAGUCUUCAUGUUAUGCAUUUCUUUCUUCUCUUAUUUGUUUUCUAUUGCUUUGUGAGAUCUAGUUAUGGUUUGAACUGGUCGCUAAUGAUGUAUUGUUACCGUGAUUAGAAGCUGUUGAGUCACUGAUUAAGGCCUCAAAUCCUAUUGUGUCUGAACGAGUUUUUUGUCUUUCAUGGUCUCUUAUCUUCUUGGUGAUGGUUAGGAUAAAUCCUUCCAGUUCGUUUGUAAUCUUGUUCAAAUCGUUGUUUAUUGGACAACAUCUGCUUGCUGUAGAGUGCAUUGUUAUCGACAGAAAGAUGUGAGCCUCAACUCCCAGCUUGUUCCA